UAUGAUUUGAUUAUAAAAUGAUGCUGAGAAUAUUAAAAACGUACCUGGAGCAACCGUCCUAUACUGUAGGACGGGAGGAGGUUUAUGAGUUCAAAACUCAGGAGCUGUUGGAGUUAACUAAAGAUAUGGUUCAACAGGAACUCCGAGAUCUUGUGGAAACUGGGAAACUUGUGGUGGAAACUAUCUGCCCUGUUAGGUAUGGAGGAGUGCUAGAUUAUCCUAAGCAAACUGUAGAGUCUGCCAACCUUAUCUCAAGGAAGUGGGAUAUAUGUCUGGCUAAACUAACCUAUAACCAGAAAACCAGGUUUGAGACCCAGUGGGAGGAUAUUAUAAUGAUAGAACCUAGUUGUGUAGAAGAUACGAAACCUGAAGAUAUUGUUGAUAUCGAGGACUUCUACAACUCAAUCAGAGAAUCAGCUCAGAUACUUCUGUUACAUUUCGGUGAGAUGACUGAGUAUCUGGUUAGAUCUGGAGAUAUGGAGAAACUAGGAGCUGUAGCAGGAGGGAUAGCAUUAGUCAGAAAUAAGUUGUGGUUCUAUUGUGAAACCCUGGGGGUAGAGAGUAAUUCCUGCUCCUUAAACGCAUUAUACAGGGAGACCUGUGACCUGCUGGAGUCCCUGAGUGAGCAGAUGAACCUCUUCUACUCCUCCAACCUUGCAACUGUGAUCCUUCAAGACAGUGAGAGUCAGGACUGGGAGGACCCUCGUCCCUUUCAUGAAGGAGAGAGAAUAUCCUACUGUAUACAGAUGUGGUCUUUUUACCUAGAGUCUACUAGGUAG